AUGUCAGAGUCUGACCCGCCAAGACUUCAACAGACGUCGUCGCUUCGUGGCAGUCAUGGCUGGCCCGCUCAAGCUCAACGUCAUUCACCUUCCCCACCGCCAUCCAACAUCAACCGGGAUACAUGGGGAAAGCGCACGGGUUUUCCGUCUCAGGGCGAGAUAAAUCCCAGAACAAGACUUUUGGAAUCGUAUGAGAGCUAUGAGCCUGCGUGUGGUUCCCGCCAAUGCAAUCAUGGGACCUUCUCCCCUCGCCCCGGCUCCUCCGCCAGUCAGCAAACGAGCAGCGGUCCCGUCCAAUCAAUUAGGGUUGUUGAGUUUGGAGAUAGUUCCUGCGAAGGAUCUAGUAUUCAAACCAACAACAGGGACGAUAUUAUGCCCUCUCUUUCGAGACUGCCCAGUAGAGUCACAACGAAGCAAUUAGCCAAGAAGUAUGGUGUCAAUCGUCGAAUGAUGUAUAUCUCAUACUACGUUCCUUUCUUCAAUUGGAUAACGCAGUACCGUUGGUCCUUCCUUAAAGGCGAUUUAAUAUCAGCUAUUACCGUGGCCUCGAUAUAUAUCCCAAUGUGUCUCUCUCUCGCAUCCAACGUUGCCCAUUCACCUCCUUUGAAUGGGCUGUACGCGUUCGUGUUCCAUCCCCUCGUAUAUUCUGUGCUCGGGAGCAGCCCUCUCCUGGUGGUGGGCCCGGAAGCAGCAGGGUCCCUCCUAGUCGGAACUGUGAUCCGCGGUGCAAUUAAAUCGGGUGAGGCUAUGGACGAUGACCCAGUUGGUGUUAUCACAGGGCUCUCGGGAGCGAUGGUAUUAAUAGGCGGGAUCACUCGCCUGGGUUUCCUCGACAAUAUCCUUAGCCGGCCCUUCCUAAGAGGAUUUAUUAGUGCCAUUGGCUUCAUGAUCAUCGUCGAUCAGCUGAUCCCGCAACUGGGCCUUACCUCGCUGGCGAAGAAAAGUGGCUCCGCGCAUGGUAGCAGCAUUGACAAAUUGGGAUUUCUAUUUCGAAACAUAUCUUCUGCCCAUGGCUUGACAUGUGCGGUUGCAUUUGGAAGCUUUGCAGCCAUCAUGGUUUUCAGGACUCUGAAAAGACGUCUGGAACCACGCUUCCCCUCUAUUGUCUUUUUCCCUGAUCGGUUUCUUGUUGUCUUCCUCUCCGUUAUCCUCACCUGGAAACUCCAAUGGGAUAAGAAGGGGUUGGAUGUCCUUGGUUCCCUCAAGAACGAAGGGAAUCCGACUUUUGCCUUCCGCUGGCCAUAUAAAAUGUCACACAUGCGACAUCUUCCAAGCGCGAUGAGUACGUCCUUCAUCAUCGCACUACUCGGAUUCUUCGAGUCGUCUAUCGCCGCAAAGGGCCUUGGUGACGGAAACAAUGGCGGAAUAAAAGCCAAUGUAAUUGGUGGAUGCUUCAUGUCACUCCCUGCAUUCGGAGGAUACGGCCGAAGCAAGCUCAAUGCCGCCACUGGUGCAAAAUCCCCUAUGAGCGGCGUGUUUCUGGGCCUAAUAACUCUGAUUUGCAUUCUCUUUCUGCUGCCUUAUUUCUAUUAUAUGCCAAUGGCUAUCCUUUCCUCUAUGAUUUCUGUUGUUGCCGUAUCUCUCAUCGAAGAAGCACCUCACGACCUACGUUUCUUCUUCCGUCUCCGUAGUUGGUCCGAACUAAGCCUAAUGCUCAUAAUCUUCUUUUCAACAAUUUUUUACUCGCUCUAUCUCGGCAUCGCGCUGGGCAUAGGCCUCUCCAUCCUGCAGAUAAUACGCCACGCAACCAAACCGCGCAUCCAAAUCCUCGGGAAAGUAUAUGGCACAAAAGACCGUUUUGAGAACGCAGAAGUGCAGCCUGAGAAAGUCGAAUUUAUCGACGGCUGUCUAAUCGUCAAGAUCCCUGAGCCUCUAACGUUCGCAAACACAGGCGAUUUGAAAAAUAGGCUCCGCCGCCUGGAGUUCUACGGCACGACUGCUGCGCAUCCUGCUCUACCACGCGUACGCCCCCCAGAACACAACCGGAAUAUGAUCUUUGAUAUACACGGUGUCACGAGCAUUGAUGGCUCGGGGAUCCAGGUGCUUAGUGAAAUUGUCCAGGGCUAUGUUGAUCAAGGGGUGCGAGUGUUUUUCUGCAGGUAUCCACAACCCGGAACGGAGAUAUUCCAGAUGAUGGAAAAGAGCGGAAUUGUUGAUGCCGUUGGGGGUGCGACACAUUUCGUUCGCAGUGUUGAUGAGGCGCUCCAGUUGACGGAGACGGUAGAGGUGGAUCGGCCGUGAUGUCACGUUUGAGAUGUGCGUAGCAUAACGGAGUGUCUUUAGGAGAAAUGGGCGGAGAAUGUUGAUAAAUCAAAGCAAGAAUGUAUACAUAUAGCAUGACUUGAUGAAAUUUGGGAUUUUUGGAUUUGCCAGGAGUUCUUUUUCCUCGUUUUUGUUACUGUUCUACAUGUAUUAUACCAGAAUGCGCGUCUUUUAGCAAGGUUAAGUUUGUUUUCAUGAG